AUGGCGCCUCAAGACUCCUUCAUCGACGAUGAGGACGACACAUGUCCUCUUUGCAUCGAAGAAUUUGAUCUGUCCGACAGGAACUUCCGACCAUGUCCUUGCGGCUACCAGAUCUGUCAGUUUUGCUUCAACAACUUGAAGAACAAUCUGAACGGCUUGUGCCCUGCCUGCCGCCGACCUUAUGACGAAAAGACCAUACAAUGGAAGGUCGUCACGCAGGAAGAGGAGGCUGAGUUCAGAUUGAACAUACAAAAGAACCAGAAGAAGCGAGCUACCGAGCAACGACAAAAGGAAGUCCAGAAACGCGAAGCCGAAAAGGAGAACCGAAAGAAUCUCGUUGGCGUUCGUGUUGUUCAAAAGAACCUGGUUUAUGUGACCGGUCUGACACCGACUGUCCGCGAAGACGAGCUCCUCAAGACGUUACGGAAACCCGAGUUCUUCGGCCAGUACGGCAACAUCCAAAAGAUUUCCAUAUCGAAUCGCAAAUCUGCAGAGGGACAGCCUCAGUCUCUUGGGAUCUACGUGACCUUUGAGAGGAAAGAGGACGCCGCUCGAUGCAUACAGGCCGUAAACGGUUCGCAAAAUGGCGACCGCGUCCUCAAAGCCCAGCUCGGCACAACGAAAUAUUGCUCGGCCUGGUUGCGUCACGAGCAGUGUGGCAACCGUCAGUGCAUGUUCCUCCACGAGCUCGGCGACGAGGAAGACAGCUACACGAGACAGGACCUCUCGUCCCUGAAUAGUGUCGGUACCCAGCGUCCGCUCUCGACGGCAGCUUCCUCCUCUUCACGUUCCGCUUCACGACAAGCAGCACCUCUUCUGCAAGCCGCCACUGUUGGCUCUCAACCUAUGGCACGCUCUAAUAGCAAAGAUGGUUCUGAUUCAGGUGAUGGCCCUGCUCUGCCAGCAACGGCAAGCUGGGCUCGGAGUACACAACAGCGCAGCCGGCGUGGCAGCCAUGCGACCAGUGCCACUGCGGCUAGUCCAGCUAUAUCGCAAUCGUUGCCCGCGACAACCGAGUCCGUCCGCGAGGAUCCAGAGCACCCCCCGCUACCAGAGCCGUCGACAAGCCGCAAGACAGAGAAGCAACCUGCACCUUCGACCAAGUCCAAAGCCAACAAAAACGCAGAGAAGCCUCCCGCUCCGAAGCCCAAGUCCGACGCUUUUGACUUUAGCAUCGUUCUCAAAAUUCUUGCGGCGUGUCCGGCGGAUGCUUUCGCGCCACCCAAAGAGGCUGAGGACGUCUUCCCACCACUUUUCGACAUCCACGGCGGCCAGCGACGUAGAGCACUGCGCGUCGAGGAGGAGAACCGCUCAACCGAGCAAGAAGAACCAACCAAUCAAGUAGAGCCUUCCGAGGAGGAGCCUGAGAGUGGCAGCUUGGCGCUUGGAGGAGAACCUGAGGACAGAGAGCCAAGUCGCGACGGUGCUUUUGGCCAGAGGCGCAACACGACACAGCCUCCAAUCCAGCGCAAUAGCACCGAAGGGAUUUUCAGCCCAGCUAUCGGCUAUGGCCAAAGCUCCACGCCCAGCGGCUCCGUGGGAGGUCGUUCCAUGACCCCCCAGCAGUUUCUCCAAGCCAGGGGGAGCUUUGUUGAUCAGAUGCCGCCUGGCAUUGCUACCCAGCAGUCGUCUCUGUUUCAGGGACAAGGCCACUCACGGGGACAUUCGCGAUACAGCUUCGCCAAUGAGGGCACUUCCAACUCCACAAAGGUCAACCUCGCGACCGAUCCCCGGAUUAUGGCUCAACAGUCGUCGAUGAUGCCGUCAUCCUUUCGUGCGCAACCUGGCAGUCAGUUCUACAGCACCUCCAUCCCCGGCCCGCCUCCGGGGCUGAAAUCAACCGGAACCCCCCCUGUCGGUGGCAUGUUUGGCCAAGGGCACGCUUUUGGCGGAUCAGCCUUCAACGACGCGGCUUCGCUUGCGGACAAGUCGAACCUACUUCAACUUUUGAAUCGAGGCCGGACUUCGGGCAGCACGCCUGCGCAUGACGCUGGAAAGCGUGAGUACUUCUCUUCUUUUCCGAAUCAGUUCCCAAGUUCCUCUUCCUCCUCUACCCUUGCUCCUGCUCCUGCUUCGGGCAACCCGUUGGCAUCGCUGUACGGUUCUCAACCGGUAGCAUUCCAAGACUUCGGACCAAAGCAGAAGAAGAAGGGGAAGAAGCACAGACAUGCUAACACUUCCUCCUCUGGGGGGAGUGGCUUAGUAGAUCUUGCGGACCCGAGUAUCCUGCAGGCGAGAAUGCAGCAUCAGCAACAGGGCAACGCCGCCGGAGUUGGACACGGGCUUUUUGGGGGUCAGUCUCAAGGUGGGUACAAUCCCAACAUGAUGUAUGGCGGCGGUGGCGGUGGCGGCAGCGGCGGCGGAUACAACAACCGAUGGUAG